UUCAAUCCGCGUCUCCGUUUCCCUGUUUGUCCUUCGCUCCUGGAAAGGAAUAGUUAAACCGGAGAAAUCUCCUCCCACUUCUGAUCCCAGACGAUGACGCCGACGGCAGGUGAUAAUUCACUGUUCAGACCCUGGGCACCUCCUCUGGAUGCUUAAGAAGAGGGGUGGGGUCGUUUUCAUGCGCUAUCACGCAACGCUCACUAUCGCUGUGCUGUGUGUUUGAAUGAGUGGAUCGGAUUUUCCUCAGUAUAACUGCCUACCUGAAGUAUACCCGGACAUAAACGGUGAUAAGGCGGAAAAGGCUGCAUUUUCUGUUGCCUUUAUUGCAUUCAUUAUGGAUUAAUUCUCUGCCGUUGUGAGUAAUUUCAGAAGAAAACAAAAUCAAGAUUCAACGCGGAUAUUUCGCUCGCUUUACAAGGGAUUCGCGAGGCCCACUUUUGAGAGCGAUUAGCCUCCACGAACUCAGUUCCAGGAUUCAAGAAUUCAGCGGACCUCUUGCGCAGACUGGGACAUCAAUAAAAACAGCGUACACGCUGUGUUUUUGUUUUACGUUUUUACGUAUAUAAAUUGAAUUUAUAUUUACCCGUUUAAUCAUGGCAUGGCCCUGCAUCACCAGGGCUUGCUGCAUUAACCGCUUCUGGAGUGAAUUAGACAAAGCUGACAUUGCGGUGCCUUUGGUUUUUACUAAGUAUUCAGAUGUGGCCGAAGUGCAGCGCCUCCAUUUGCAGCCGCAGCCAAAACAGCCGCAUCCCCAGGCACGGGCCAGCGCGGUCGCCAUAGAAACGCAGCCUUCCCACAGCGAGCGGGAGGCAGUAGCCAGGGCGCCGCCCGCAACGGCUGCUGCAGCCGGAGAAAGUUCCAGCGCAUCCGUGAUGCGUCAGGAUUUCAAAGCUUGGAAAGUCCGCAAGGAGCCGAGCUGCAAGCCGAAGAACGAGUAUCACCCAUCGGAAACCCCGUUUAACAAUGAGACGCAGUAUCAGAAGGAUUUCAAGCCGUGGCCGAUCCCAAGAAGGGGAGAUCACCCGUGGAUUCCCAAACCUACGGCUUUCACUGUAGGUGACCGUCCUCCAAGGCCCAAGUCUGCGCCGACGGAGUUUGAAAGUGGCGUGGAGAAAAGCGAAAUCGCCGACAAGGUGCAAGAGAAGGACAUGAAGGAGAGAAAAAAGAAGCAAGUUAAGAAAGAGAAAGCCGAGAGGAGGGUGAGCAUCCGAGUAGAGGGACAGGAGCCGGGAGGUGUCGCUGUAGAAGGCAGAGGGAGAGCGGCGGCAGAUGCGCUGAACAGGCAGAUUAAGCAAGAAGUUACAGGUGGGAGCUCAUACAGGAACGAAUUCAAAGCAUACAGAGACGUGAAGCCGGUCAAACCCAUCAAAGCCAAGUCUCAGUACAAACCGGUGGUGGAGGAUAAAGCCAGCCUGCAGACUAGCUACAGCGCCACCUUCAAGGGGGAGCAGGCAGACAGACAAACCAUCGACAACAAAGCUCUGGAGCGUCGGAGGAUACGCAGCCUGUACAGUGAGCCCGGCGGCAAAGAACCCAGCAAGGUGGAGAAGCCUAGCACUCCACGCUCCAAACCAAAAAAGACAACGACAACAACAACAAGCCAUAGUAAACCGACGAAAAAGGCCAAAGAAAAGCAGGCCACUUCUGUCCGGGGAGCGAAGAAGAAGGCCGCCGAGGAGGCGAAGCCAGAGGAGGGCAGCAAGGAGAAGAGCAAAGAGAUAAACAACAAGCUAGCUGAGGCUAAGGAGUGAAAUAACUGCACUUUUUUCCCCUCUGGGGGGUUUGGGGGGGGAGACAAAGGCCACAAAAUGAUUGAGAGGUCUCUCAUCCCCCCCCUCCCCCCUCCCCCCUCCCACGUCCAGUCUAUGUGUCUCCCUCCCUCGUCCUGCUCCCAGUCUUGCUCGGUGGCUCUCUGAAUGCUGACUCGUGGUAAAUGUCCGCCACGCCGCUACGUGCUGCGCCAGGCCCUGGAGUGUAACGAGGGGACCGCGCUCGGCUGUCCCCGCAUCCGCAUCCGCCCCUCCCUCCCUCCCUCCAUCACGCUCAUCCAUUCCCAUCCCCAUUCCAGGUUGCCAUGGCUACGCGCCCACUUGGUAUCCGGCAGAGUCUCCGAUAUGAAAGCUCAUGUUGUUCGGCCAGCUGGUCUCUGCGGUUGCUUUUUUGUGCAACCGAACAGGUUAUUUUUUCCGCAUUUAGCUUUUCUUCAUUUAUUUUACACAAGCAAUGUAAAAAAACAAUACUGAUUAUAAGCUGGUUAUGUGGUGCUAGAAUUCUUUCGGUUUGGUCUUCGUUUAUGCAGGGUUCACUCAUUCAUAUUAGUUCUUCUUGAAGAAAAUGAUUGAUACAUCCUCCAAUGGCUCAAUGGAAAAAAAGUCUUGGUGUUUGUCUUCUGUUCUGCACUGCACAACUGCACAUAUAAGUAUGACUGUAGCUACACACAAGUUUGCCAUUUCGUUUUUUUUUUUUUUUAUAUGGUUUUUGUUCUUUGUUGUGUAACCUGUGUUAUUUCCUCGGUUAACUUCACACCUGUGGAGGUUGCUUUAGAUUUUAACCACCGAAACGUUUGAACGCUCUUUUCCCUGCACAUCCCUCUGUGCUGUAGUUCCCUCCUGUUUCAGGACCUCGAUUGAUUGAAUUGUGCAAAAGGUCACUCAAUUACUAGAGGUAAUUGACCAUAUCUGGUUUCCUCAGUUUGGUUGCUAAGAAACAAAACCAAGUUACUGUAAUAGGAUUAGCAGUUAUUGGAUGUGAGGCUCUCCUUUGGGCAUAGCAAUACAGCACUGCACUCUCUCCCGUCAGCAUCAUCUCAAGUGUCUACUGCAGGAAACGCCAAAACGACAAUGUAAUAGCAACCUGUAGUAAAACAGAAAUUUAUAAAUGUGUGUUAAAAGAUAAAUUGCAAGCUAAAAGCAAGAGUAGUUUAAUUCAUUAAUUCCAGCUUUUAGUUAUGCAAAGAUGGACAUUUUAAUGAUGGUUUUUGAUUGGCAAAGCAAAGAUGUUUAGCCAUAUUACAGUAUGCAGUGGACAUAGCUGCUCGACUGUGAAAGAAACCACAAUAGCAGGGAUGGAGGCCAGGUAGGGUGACACCUGUCGGCCUUGGAAGGCACUUUCCUCAUUUGAAACUUUGGAUCUGGGUGUAUAUUUGUAGGUACAGCACCUGAAUACCUCUGUAAUGGAUAUAUCUGUCGAAGUAUGGGUAACAGGACAAUACUGGAUACAGCCAUAGAGUUGGACAUACGAGUCUUUGCUCAAGUUUGAGAGUUAUUUGAUAUGUGUGUGUGCAUGUGUGUGUGUGUGUCUUUAAGUUUGUGCGCUCGAAGGACGUUUGUGUGAACAUUAUAUUGUUUUAGUGUAUCCUUUCUGUUUUUGACACUGUAUUUUAUGGAGCAAAGUCAGACAUCAAACUGACUGAAUGAAAUCAGUGUAGUGUUUGUAUGUCGCUGUUUUUGUGUCCCUGCUGCCUCCCCAGAGGACAUCGACAAACAUCACGAGUUUUACAGCUUUUUCUUUUUGAUGGUAAUGCAGUGCAUUUUGUUAUUUUUUAUCAGGUCUUUAAGUAGCUGAUGGUGUGGCAAUAAGUUGAACAUGGUCCGUAUCGAAUGCUUAAUUUCCAUAUGCAUUCUUUAUCACAUCACUCUCCUGCAUGCUUCUCUGUCUCCAUCUAUAUGUCUCCUAACCUCUCUGUCUUCCCUCUUUCAUGGGCCAAAGCUAGCGGCUUUUCCUGGUAAUUGCAUGUGUAGUCAUAGGGUGACGUUUGAAAGAGUUUCACCUUAAUUGUUAAAGCGAACAAGCAUACAGGCAUUAAAAAAAAAAAAAAACUUUCACAGACAUAGAUUUACCCGACAUUGCCUAUAGCGUAUUGCUGUUGAAUCAAUUUCACUGCUGUAGAAUUCUAUCACUGAGAUGUACCUUGGCAUAUUUAACAUCUCUCUCCUGAUUCUCUGUAAAUGAUAUUGCUGUUUCAAGACACGUGACUAGCCUGCCUCUAUACCCCCGUGACAGGAUAGGAGUGUACCUUGUAAGAUGUUCCCUGCUUACAGUGCCCCCCCCCCCCCCCCCCC